AUGCAUCUGGGUGUAAAUUUAUCAAAUGCUUUACAACAAUUGGAGAGUGUUAAGGCUGCUGUUGAUCAAAGUGAUGAUCCUAAAUUAAAGGCAGCAACCAAUGACGACCUAAAUCUUCUGCUAAAUCUUUUAGAAAGUCCAAUACUAAAGAGUAUUGCAACUUUACAUGACUCUGUUGGAAUUUUAUCUACACAAGUAUCCCAUCAUCCUUCUAUACUUCCUGGAGAUUUUGACAUUACACCCGCUGGUGAUUUAGCAUUACAAACUAGAAACCUUUAUGGUGCCCAUGAAGGUGAGGAAGAACAAAGGGUACCUCAAGUGUCACCUCCACAUAGCUUAGAAUUUGGUUCGGGGUCUGACAAUGAACGCAUUUUAGGAUUGGACUCGGCUUCGGUAGACUCUAAUAUGUCUCCGAAGCAGAGUCGAGGUAUUCUUGAAAUGUCUAGAAAUGAUGACUCCCUAGUGUCAGCUUCAACGAAUAUAGUUGCAGGAGAUUGGGCUCAAGUGGAAAUUAUAAAUUUGGUCAAUGACGGCACUGGCCUUGGUUUUGGUAUCAUAGGUGCAAGGACAAGUGGCGUCAUUGUGAAAACAAUAUUGGCUGGGGGUGUGGCCGAUCGUGAUGGAAGACUCAAAUCAGGCGAUCAUAUUUUACAGAUUGGAGAUGUAAGUCUAAUGGAGAUGGGGUCCGAGCAGGUGGCGGGCGUGCUGCGCGCGUCGGGCUCGCGCGUGCGCCUGGUGGUGGCGCGCGCCGCCGACCCCGCCGCCGCCGGCGCCGGCUGCGGCGCGCCCGUCGUGCCGGCGAGACUUCUCUCUAGUCCAGAAGCAUUGGACCGGUAUCUAAUGGAAGCCGGCUUCGAACAAGUGUUCCACACACAACCGAUGCCUGUCACAUUAAAUUCGAAUGUGUCAAGAUUUGUCUUCGAUACAUCUAUAACUCCUCCGCCCGAUAGUGAUGCAGAAUCACCUGAAGUUGAUAGAUUUACUGUGCAAUUGAAAAAGGAUGAAAAUGGUUUAGGUAUUACAAUAGCAGGGUACGUGUGCGAGAAGGAGGAGCUGUCGGGGAUAUUCGUGAAGUCGGUGACGGCGGGCAGCGCGGCGGCGGCGAGCGGGCGCGUGCGCGUCAACGACCGCAUCGUGGCGGUGGACGGCGCGUCGCUGGCGGGCCGCUCCAACCAGCGCGCCGUCGACGCGCUCAAGCAGAGCGGCAGCACCGUCACCUUGGAGCUGGAGAGAUACCUCCGUGGCCCUAAGUUCGAGCAGCUGCAGCAGGCCAUCGCGGCCGGCGAGAGCGCCGCCGCCGCCGCGUGCGCCGCCGCCGCGCACAACCCCUUCCUGCACAUGCACCGCCCCGAGCCCGGCGCCGACCACGACAUACAGAUGACACAUUUAUCAGCUAACUUAGAGCCAGCAGCUGAAGAGAGUCGAGCGUCCCCCCCGCGCCCCGCGCCCGCGCCCGCGCCCGCGCCGCACUUCGAGAUGCCUCGCACUCCCGAACAAAAGGACGCUAUUAAGAGGAAAUGGCAGGCCAUAUUGGGCGACGAGGUGGAGAUCGUGGUGGGCGUGGUGGUGCGCGGCGGCGGCGGGCUGGGCAUCUCGCUGGAGGGCACGGUGGACGUGGAGGGCGGGCGCGAGGUGCGGCCGCACCACUACGUGCGCUCCGUGCUGCCCGAGGGGCCCGUGGGCCGCGCCGCCGUGCACCGCCCCGGGGACGAGCUCUUGGAGGUGAACGGGCACCGGCUCCUGGGCAUGAACCACUUGGAAGUGGUGUCGAUUCUCAAGGAGCUGUCGAGCGAGGUGUGCAUGGUGUGCGCGCGCCCGCGCCCCGCGCCCGCGCCCGCGCCCGCGCCCGCGCUCGACCUCGCGCCGCCCGCCGCCACGCUCGUCAAGACUUUUCGAUCUGAACUCCACAUGCAUCAAGUUUUUAAGGAGUGGUGUAUUGAAAACCACUACAAAGCUGCCUCUAGAAAGACAUUAUCCAAGAUACUGACAAACGAAAAUAUCAGCAUUCAUCUUUCGCGCAAAGACCAGUGUGACACGUGUUGCAGUUAUAAAACGGGUAACAUUUCGAAAGAAGAAUACGAAAGUCAUAUUGCGAAGAAAACUGAAGACCGUGAAGCCAAAAAGAAUGUCAUAGAGAGUGCAAACGAAAAGGAUGUGGUUAUAACUGUCGACGUUCAAAGUGUUUUGCUCGCUCCAAAGCUAUGGCUAGUGCUUUAUACUACAAAU